AUGGGCUAUGAUCUGGAGCGGUUUGUGGGCUAUGUGAACGAGGGUCUUCUGUGCUGUGUGUGUCGAGACGUGUUGGAGCGCCCUCUCCAGGCGCCCUGCGAACACGCCUACUGCAGCGCCUGCAUCAGCAGUUGGCUGGUCCAUCACCACUCCUGUCCUGAGGACAGACUUCCACUUGAUGUAGGCACUCUAAAACCGCUGUACAGGUACAUGCGUAAUGACCUCAACCGCCUGCAGAUACGUUGUGUGAAUGCAGGGCAGGGUUGUGAGGUGGUCUGCUCCCUGGAGAGCCUGAACACACAUGAGGAUGAGUGCGAGUUUGCCUAUAUUUCCUGCUCUAACACAGGUUGUUCCUUGCAGGUAGAGAGGCGGGGUUUGCAGGCUCACCUGUCCGAAUGCAACUUCCGCAGCAGGGAGUGUCUCAACGGCUGCGGCCACACCCUCCUCUCCAUCGACCAAUCACAGCACAACUGUGUAGCAGAACUGCGCACAGAAGUGGAGAUGCUCAGGGCAGAGAUGCUGUGCAAGGUGGAGGAGGUGAGACGAGAGAUGGAGUCCCGGUUGGACUCUCAAAGGAGACACAUGGUGCAGAAAGAGUCGCAGCUGAAGAAUGACAUGGAGGAGCUCAAGGGUCAGUUGUCCCGAGUGAUGUGUGACAUGAGAGCCUUGUUAGGAGCAGAGCGUCUGAGAAGACAGGAGCUGGCAGAGGCCGAGCUGGAGAAGAGGGAACUACUGGAGCUCCUCAGAGACAUGCAGCCAAUCAGGAGUCAGCAUCCUGUUGAACCGACAUCCAGGGACCUUCAUCAGGGAGCCCUGCAAACAUCCGGACGGGAGUUGCACACUGAGCCGACAAGACACCAGCAGAGGGAGGCGUCUUUACUUGCCUCCAGUCUGUCACUGCAUUCAGCUCAGGCAUUAAAUAUAUCUGGUCCACCUCCAUCACCUCAGCUGGGAGAGGGGACGCGCAAGGGCGGGACCAGGAGCCUGACUCUAGACUGCAUCAAGAGGAAGAGUCGGGAGGUGACGGUCAUCUGA